UACUUUUCUAAAAUAACAUCACUGAAAAUGCUAAAAAAUUAAGCAAGGCAUCUAGAAAUGAUUUUAGUUAUGAAAACAUAUUUGAGUUGGGGAGAAAAAAAUAACAGAAAUAUGCUCAUAAACUUACAUUGUAUAAGUAGGUGAAAUAAUUUAGUCACGUGUUUUGUCCUGUGCAAUGUUUAGUUGUGUCGGUCACAGAGGAGAAAAGAGACUGAUGAUUGUUGCUGAAGAACUGACCAUAUGGAGACAGAGAGCGAGCCAUGGACAGACAGCCAGAGUGACGAGGACAGUGACAUGGAGGAAGGCCUUAGUACUUCAGAUGAGAACCAUGCCACUGAGUGGAAUCACCACCCCCAGCUAGAUAAGGACAUCAAGGCAGUCAGGACUUUAUAUUCAGAUUCUGAUGUCUUGCUAAUGGAGUAUGGGUCUAUUGAUGAAGUGGAUGUUGACCUUAACAUGAAUAUAGACUUUUUGGAUCAUGAAUCGGCCAAGGCCUGGAGGAUUAAUGCAUCAGAGCCCAUUGUCAUCCGUCUCCACUUUUCUCUGUCUCAGUAUCUGGACGGACCUGCACCUUCAGUUGAAGUCUUUCAGCCAUCAAACACAGAUAGUUUCAGCCUUGGGAAGCAGCUACAGAAUGUUCUCACAAUCUUCCUCUCUCGGGAGUGGAAACACCUGACCAAUGAGAACAUCAUGGUGCAACAGAAAAGCAGACAAAACUGGUUCAAGCCAAGUGGAACCAUGAAGAAAUUUCGAGCUCGACUCAACAUCUGGCUCCCGCCAUCAAAGUCAAAUGAUCUCCAUGAACCUUCAGUUGGAGGAAGGAUCAUUUUACCACAGAUAAAACUGAACCGUUUCACAAAUCACACAAAUUCCUACACCAUCAAGAAUCCCGCCGGAGAACUCUUCACCUACACACCCAAUGGAAAGAGGGUGGUUGUGUCAGCAGUCAAGUCUUCAGCACAGCUGAGCACCAAACAGCUGAUUGAGCUGCUUUUCUCCUCUCAGGCCAUUGGGCACUGUAAGACCCCCCCAACUCUGCAGCAUGGCUUCUUAGCACAGAUUGUGAGGUAUGCUGAGCAGAGACUGCCUACGCUGAAUGAAUACUGUGUGGUCUGUGAUGAGCGACAUGUGUUUCAAAACGGCCCCAUGUUAAAGCCAGCAGUUUGCAGCAGGGAGCUGUGUGUGUUUUCUUUUUAUACCCUGGGUGUCAUGUCUGGAGCUACAGAAGAGGUUGCUACUGGUGCAGAGGUAGUUGACCUGCUGGUUGCCAUGUGCCGAGCUGCUCUUCAGUCUUCACGCAAGAGCAUCAUAUUUGAACCUUACCCUUCUGUUGUGGAUCCAUACAACCCCAAAACUCUAGCCUUCAGCCCAAAGAGAAAGAGCUACGACAGGCUGCAGAAAGCUCUCGACAGUGUCUUGCUAAUCAGGAGGUUGGCACAGGGUCCAUACUCUGAAAUAAAGAAGCAGAUGGAUAAGAUAGAUCCUCUCGCUCAUCCCUUACUACAAUGGAUUUUAGCAAGCAACAGAUCACACAUUGUCAAGCUUCCACUGAACAGGCAACUUAAGUUCAUGAAAACACCCCAUCAGUUCCUGCUGAUCAGCAGCCCGCCUUCCAAAGAGGCUUGCUUUCAAACUGCAAAGAAACUGCACGGCAGCACUUUUGCUUUCCAUGGUUCUCACAUUGAAAACUGGCACUCUAUUUUAAGAAACGGACUGGUUAAUGCAUCCUAUACAAAAUUACAGCUUCAUGGAGCUGCAUAUGGAAAAGGCAUCUAUCUGAGUCCUAUCUCUGGCAUAUCAUUUGGAUAUUCUGAGAUGGGUAAAGGGCGGCAUCAAAUGCCCACAAAGGGAGAACUCCUGAUGAAAAACAACAAUUUAAACCAAAUCAAACAGGAACAGCCAGCACAGGGCAGAUUUCUGCAAAACAGUAACUUAAACUGCAUCGCUCUCUGUGAAGUAAUAACUUCAAAGGAGCUUGAAAAACAUGGGAACAUCUGGGUGUGCCCGAUAUCAGACCAUGUGUGCACACGAUUCCUCUUUGUGUAUGAGAAUGGCCAGGUGGGAGAUGUCCAAAUCAACACUCAGGAAGCCAACAUCCACAGGGAAAUUAUACAAGUAAUUGCUUCAAAGCCGUGCUGAGAAAACAAAUAUGCACAGCACGUACAGUAUUUCCACACAGUUCUUUAUGCAGGUUUCAUAUAAAAACACUGACUGAGAGUUAGGAUUUUAUUGGUCUGAUAAGUAAGCAUAUCAAAUUAGCUGCUUUAUAUGACAUGAAUCAGAUUUUGUUUGAAUAGAGAACGCUAAGUAAAGAAAAUAUCUGAACUCUAAAAUAGGCUUCUCUCUAUUUAUUAUCAAUGCAGACAUUUAUACGGAUGAAACUAGCUUGUUUUGUCAUGGAACUAUUACAGCUUUUUGCCUUAUACCUUAAUCUAUUAUGUGUUGUAAUUUAUGUAACUAGGAUAGUAAAUUUGCACUGUAAACCGUAUUUUGUACAUUUUA